AUGCCCUACAAUACUAGAAAUCGAGGAGAAUCCUCACAUUCCUAUGCUCAAUAUUUUGAGGAGGACGUGAAUGAAGAUGAUGAAGAUAACAACACACAAUAUCACAAGCCACCUACAACUCGAACAAGACACACUCCGAGAAGAUCCUACAAGGAGUCUUCAAGCGAGAGUGAAGAAAUUGAUCAAGAAUUAGCUGCCUCGAAACGAGCAUCCAGAGCAGGACGAGGAAGAAAAAAACCAAUCGAUGAGGAAGAAUUGGAUGAGCCCGAAGAGCAAAUUGAGACAAUUGCUUCGAGCAGACCGAAAAGGACUGUUCGAAAGAGUCAACAUUAUGAGGAUUUUUAUGUUGAUACAGCCAUAUAUUCCGGAGAGGAAGAACCACAACAAGAAGAAGAAAAACCAUCAAGAAGAAGAACGUACAGAAGAAGUGCUGUAAAGUCAAGAAAUAAUUCUGUGGAAAUGAAAAGAGAAAUGAUUGAAACGAAUCAACAAAAUAAUAUUGAACAUAAUCAAGCACUAACAACAACAGCAAGAACACAAGUUAGCUUGGAUGUUCAACCACAAACUACUAUCAUAUCCGAAGUGCUUGAAAGUGGAAAUGCGAAUGAAUUAUUUACUAGCAACAACAUACAAGCGGAUUUUGAACCAAAAAAUCAAGAAUUAAAUGGUACUACUGAAACUACACAACCAUCAAUUGAUCAAAACGCAAACCAAAUAUCAACAAAUAUUAACGAUACAUCCCUCAACAGAAGUCAAUCCGCAAUUUCUGAACAAAGUGAAGAGACAAACAAAGUCAAAAAGAGAAAGAAGGGUGAGGAUGACGAAGAUUUUGUGAUGGAUGAGGAUGCAGAUGAAGCCAUCGAGGUUUCUGAUGACGAAACUAUCUCAGAAUCUCUAUCUGAGAGAGAAGAGGACUUGGAGUUGGAAGAGCAACAACCUAGGAGAUCUAAAAGAACAAAAUAUAAUGAACUGGAUGAAGAAGAACAUAUUGAAGAAGGAAAGACAGGCAAGGAUAUCAAGAAGAGGCUACGACCUCGAACUCAAGCACAGAUGAAUCCCUACAGCCAUCCAUCAUUUUCACCAAGAACAGAAAUUUCUAUUCCAUCCAAAAUUACAAUGCUCAAAGAACAAGAAAGUCUGCUUGCUCCCUUGAGUGCCUUAAAAUUUGAAUUCUCUGACUCUGACACUGAGAGUGACGACGAAGUAGAGAAUCCAAUGUUUGGGAAAAAGGGAGCCUAUGAUCACAUUAAGCCCCUCAAUAAGGAACAACUGAAGAAACGACCAUCUGCUGAUAUAGAUCCACUGUUCUCAAAACCUGUCGGAUUUGACAUGGUUGGAGGAUUGAAUAAGCACAUUACCGCUCUCAAGGAAAUGGUGGUUUUACCAUUGCUCUAUCCUGAAAUGUUUAGCAAGUUUGACAUUACACCACCGAGAGGUGUGAUAUUUUAUGGACCUCCAGGUACAGACCAAUUGCCUUUUUUCAUGAGGAAGGGAGCUGAUGUUUUGAGCAAAUGGGUAGGAGAAGCUGAAAAACAAUUACGUUUACUAUUUGAUGAGGCCAAACGACUUCAACCAUCGAUCAUAUUUUUUGAUGAAAUUGAUGGGUUAGCUCCUGUCAGAUCUUCCAAACAAGACUAUGUACAUAGCUCAAUUGUUUCCACUUUAUUAGCACUUAUGGAUGGUCUUGACAGCAGAGGACAAGUGGUCGUCAUUGGAGCCACCAAUAGAAUUGACUCAAUCGAUCCUGCUCUGAGAAGACCUGGUAGAUUUGACAGAGAGCUUUUAUUUACACUUCCUUCAAAGAAAGCAAGAAAAGAUAUUUUAGAAAUUCAUACCAGAAAUUGGUCACCUCAACUUCCUGAAGAACUCAAAAACUAUAUUGCCCUUAAAUCUGUUGGAUAUUGUGGGGCUGAUAUUAAGGCUCUCUGUGCGGAAUCUGCACUUAAUGCUUUGAAAAGAAAUUAUCCACAGGUGUAUUCAAAUCCUUCUAGACUUUUAUUGGAUUUGAACUCGGUCGAAGUUACAAAAGUAGAUUUCUUACGUGCCAUGAAAAACAUUGUUCCAGCUGCUCAUAGAAAUGCUGUUAUUCAUGCUUCACCGCUCCCAAUACAACUGGCUCCAUGUCUUGAGCAUAAAUUAUUAGAUGUUAUCAAAAUAUGCACUGAAGCAUUUCCAAUAUGCUCCAAGAGUAUUGAGGACAAGGUUGAAACGGAAAUUGAUCGAACCGAUAUGGAAAAUAAUCUUUUUGAUGAUUUUGAAGGUGUUGAUGAAAAAACCUUUGAAAAGAAUUCCAGCGACUUUUUUAUUAAUCCACCAACCUUUAGACCUUGGAUUCUGAUUUCUGGAAAACAAGGCAUGGGUCAAAACUAUAUUGCCAGUGCGCUUUUAUACCAUCUUGAAGAGUUUCCUUUGUUCUCAUUAAGAUUUGAAAACUUAAUUUCAAAUACUGCAUCUCGAAGCGAAACAGAGGCCAUUGUGAAUAUUAUUUCAGACGCAAGAAAGAAUGCUCCUUCUAUUAUUUGGAUUCCCCAUAUUGAUAAAUGGUUUGAGAAGAGCACAGACCUUAUGAGAUCGACUUUAAUCACUCUACUUAACGACAUUCCUUCUUCAGUACAUGUGCUAGUGUUGGCCACAACUAGUGAUCAGCUUGAGAAAAAUCAUGUGAUUGAAUCUGAGAUGUUUGUAGACUAUAGAUAUGAAGUUGCUGAGCCAACCAUUGAGGAAAGAAGAAAUAUAUUCAAGAUCGUUUUGGACGACGUAACAAGACCGCCACUAAAGCCAAAACGAUCAAGAAAACCAUUGCCAGAGCUUCCUUUAGCUCCUCCUGUUGCUUUACCAUCCAACGAAGAAAACGACAAAAAGAUAACAAAACUGACAAGACAAGAGAAGGACGACCUGAGAGAGCUUAGAAUAUCACUUCGUGAGUUUAUGACUCGUCUCAUGAGCAAUAAGGUUUAUACACCAUUUUUGAAACCUCCAAACGAAGAACAACGUAGAUUAAUUACAAACAAUGAGGAUAUUGCUGGAGGUACAAAUGGAAAGAUUUAUCUUCAAGACAUCUUGCUCAAGCUAGAGAUGAGAAAAUAUUUUUCUGUGAAAGAGUUUGCUGUGGAUAUUGAACGCAUUGUAACCAAUGCUGUACAUUAUAUUAAGCAUCCUGCCAAGUCUUUGGACAUUUUAAGCAUUACCAGUAAGGCGAAUGCUCUCUAUGACUCGGUGAGACAGGCCAUUCAUUUACAAAUACCAGAAGAUUUGAGAAGAAAAUGCAAUCAAAUCGCUAAAAAGCAUCGCAAAGCCGAAAAAACAAGGGCAGAACUUGCUCAACAACAGGCUGUUGUUUCUUCAUCGUCGACAAGUAUCAUUCAAGUUGGUGACUUGCAAGAGCAACCCAUUGUUGUUGGCGAUGCAGAUGCACACCAGGAACCACCAUUCAAUCAUAAUGACGUGGCUACCACUAUCCCUUCUCAACCUAGUAGCCUUGUCCAAAAUGAUCCAAUGACGAUCGUAGAUGAGACUUCUACCACAGAACCACCACCAAAUCAAGCAGCCACUCUUUCCCAUAGUUUGAUCCAAGAAAUUCCGAAUUAUACUCCCCCAUCGAGUAGUAAUAAUGAAAUUGCUCCCUCAUCAUCGGAUGCUGUACUGACUCCAAGAAUGGAGUUGGAUCUCACCGUUUCUUCUUCGAACAACUUGAAACCAACAAUUAAUGAAGAGGAAGAAGAAGAGACUGAUUUACCCAUCUCGAUCGAUCAUGAUCGCCUUAAUACCUGGUUUGAGCAAUUUAUCUCUCUCACAGAAGGUUUUUCCUUAGAAGACCUCGACAAGGCUUUCAGUAUCAUUUACAAGACCAUCUAUCGACAUCGAUUCGAACAGGAUCGAAUGACUCUCCUCGCAGAAUUGGAACGUUACUCAUCGCAAGCGUUCGCAAACAAUUCAAGAAAAAAAUAA